AUGGCGAAACAAAAGGCAAUUGUUAACGUUUUUGGAGAUUGGGAAGAAUCGUAUGCUUAUUUACCUCGAUGGCUGCAAUACAUGAAAGAAAUUGCUCCAGGGUCAUUUUACGAUCUGUGUCAUGAUGAGUUUUUUGUUGGUAAUCGUUGUCAUCGUGGUUAUCGUCAAUUUCACAGAUUAUUCUGGACAUUCAAGCCGUGUUGUGAUGCCUUUAAUUUUUGUAAACCGUUGAUACAAGUUGAUGGCACUCAUCUAUAUGGCAAGUAUCGAGGUACAUUGUUAAUUGCUACAACACAAGAUGGUAAUAACAACGUUCUUCCUCUUGCAUUUGCUGUGGUUGAAGGAGAAACAUUACUUGCGUGGUCGUGGUUCUUGUCUCAUUUGCGGUUACAUGUUACAAACAAAGAAGGGAUAUGUUUAAUAUCUGAUCGACAUCGUAGCAUUAAAUCGGCCAUUGAGAAUGAGGCAAUUGGUUGGAGACCGCCAAAUGCAUAUCACAAGUACUGCAUUAGGCACAUUGCAAGUAAUUUUAAUACUCGAUUCAAGGAUGUGAAACUUAAACAAAAGCUUGUGAAGUUAGGGUAUACACCGUGUAAGCACAUUUUUGAUCGCAAUUUGCAAAAGUUUUGUGAAUCUAGCCCUGAUGUUGAAAGGUGGAUAGGAGCGAUAUCAAAAGACAAAUGGAGCAUGGCAUAUGAUGCAGAUGGUCGAAGAUAUGGUCAUAUGACAACAAAUUUGUCUGAAUGUGUUAACAAGGUGUUAAAGGAUUGUAGAAAUCUGCCUAUCACUGCAUUAGUUCGGUCUACUUAUACCAGGUGCGCUGAAUAUUUUAGUAAUCGUGGUAGUCGUGCUUUAGCCGAUGUUUCAUCUGGGAAGGUCUUCGUUUCAAAGUUGGUUGAGGCUCUGCAAAAAAAUCAAGAAGAGGCUUGUUCCCAUCAAGUUUGUAGAUACGAUAUUCAAUCUUCAAAAUUUGAGGUUGAAGAGGCAUUUGAUCCAGUAACACAAACAGGAGGGAAGAAAUGGGUAGUCAAUUUACAGCAACGAUACUGUCAAUGCGGAAAGUUUACAGCAUUUCACUAUCCUUGUUCUCAUGUUAUAGCUGCAUGUGGUGUUGUUAGCAUUGAUUACUACCAGUUUAUAGAUCAUGUUUAUACCUGUGAUUAUGUUUUAAAAGCCUACUCUGGUCCGUGGGAACCAAUCGGAAAUGAAGACUUAAUCCCUCCAAGUAAUGAGGAUUGGAUACUUGUCCCAGAUCCAUCAUCGGUGCGCGGGAAAGGGAGACCAAAAUCCACAAGAAUUAGAAAUGAAAUGGAUUGGGUUGAGAGCUCACAACGACGACCAAAGUGUAGCAUAUGCAAAUAA